CUCUCUUGCAAAGAUCAAAUUCAGACCCUCAAAUCUCUCUGAAAAAUUCACUCAAAAAUGUCAGUAACAGAUGAUCCCAACUCGUUUGUAAUCGAUGAGGCGUAUGAGUUCUCAGCGCCCAGAUUUUAUGACUUUGUUGAUGAAGAAACAGAAGAUGAAACACGGAAAGCUGAGAAUUGGUUCCACAUUUCAAGAAGCUAUGCUCCUUCUCCUUUUAUGCCAAAAAUCAAAACUGCUAGAAUGGUUCAACUUGAGAGCCUAUGUGAUUUCACUGAUGCUGAUGAGUUGCAGGAUAACACAAGGACUGCUGCUGAGCUCACUUCUUCUAAAAGUAAAGACGAGGUAACGCCAAAUUUGAUCAUACCAGAACCUUGCACCAGUCUUCCUAAUCCGGAAUCUGAAGAGAAGCAGUCUACUGUGCGAGAAACUUGCACGCCCGGACCAACAAUAACAGCUCAGAAGAACGACUCUCGGAAUACCAACUCCAAGAGGCAAAAAACUGCUAAAAAGAUUGCAAGCAUACUUAGAAACCCUUCAGCAUUAAAGUCAAAAACUCAACCACAACAGUCACAUCUGAGGAGUUCUAAUCAAGCUACUGUUAGAAAGCAAGCCAUCAACAAAAGUGAUGUUGGAACUCCAAAUUUUGCUCAAGAAAAUCAAGCAGUAAAGAGACAAAAACUAGAAGAGGGAAAAUCUAGGAAGAUUCUUGAUAUCAAACCUCCUCAACAUUUGCCACACAAAACAAGACUUGGGGUAGCUAAUAGCAGCUCUAACUUGUUCGCAUCUGCAGCUAAAACUCGAAAAGAGGAGAGAAAGAUGUAUGUUAGGCCACUUGUUUCCCCGUUUGUUUCAACAGCAGAAAUGAUAAAGAAAUUCCAAUCUGGCACAAGGGAAAAUUCACUGCCUUGCAUGAGCAAUUCUACUUCAAAUGGUGAUCCGACUGGACGAGCACAGAGAAAGCCAAAACUUACAUUAACCAGGCCUAAAGAACCCGAAUUUGAAACAGCUCAACGUGUCCGUCCAACAAGGGUGAAGAGUUCAGCUGAACUUGAGGAAGAAAUGAUGGCCAAAAUUCCCAAAUUUAAGGCUCACCCAGUUAACAAAAAGAUUUUGGAAGCUCCAACUCAACCAUUAUUAUUACCUAAAAGUACACCCCAACUUCCAGAAUUUAAGGAGUUUCAUUUGGAAACAAUGGCAAGGGCCAAUAAGAACGUGGAUACAACUUCAGUUCAAUCAAUAGAAUCUUCUUCUCAGAGUCAUCAGUGGCAGCCACAUCUUACAGCACCUAAAUCACCUGUACUUAAAACAUCACUAAGAGCACGACCUCCAAUUGCCAAAAGCACAGAAGAAUUGGAAAAGGAAGAACUUGAAAAAGCGCCAAAGUUCAGGGCAAGGCCUUUGAAUAAGAAGAUUCUUGAAAGUAAAGGAGAUUUGGGAAUGUUCUGCAACACAAAGAGGCAGGUGACUCUGCCUCAGGAAUUUCACUUUGCCACAAAUGAAAGGAUUCCUCCUCAAGUUAACUUUGAUGAUCUGUUUGACAAGCUUUCCUUGUAUUCUCAACCUCAAAAUGACAAGAAUGUUCUCAGAAACACUAUUCCAAAUCCUUUUCAUCUAUACACCGAGGAACGAGGAGUUGAGAAAGAGAGGAAGUUGUUCUCUGAACUUCUACAGAAACAGAUGGAGGAAGAGAGGUCAAGAAAUCCCAAAGCAACUCCAUAUCCUUAUACUACUGAUUAUCCCGUGAUUCCACCAAAACCAGAGCCAAAACCUUGCACGAAGACAGAACCUUUCGAACUUGAGAGUCUCAUUAGACAUGAAGAGGAGAUGAGAAGAGAAAUGGAAGAAAGGAAGAGAUUGGAGGAGGAAGAAGCUAAGAUGAGGUUAUUCAAGGCGCAACCAAUCUUGAUUGAGGAUCCAAUUCCAGUUCCUGAGAAAGAACGCAAACCGUUCACUGAGGUUCAGGAAUUCAAUCUACAUGUAAAUCACCGCGCUGUUGACAGAGCAGAAUUUGAUAUGAAGAUUAAGGAGAAAGAAAUGAUGUAUAAGAGGUAUCAGGAGGAGGCAGAAUGUGCAAGAAUGAUGGAAGAGGAGAAGGCCUUAAAACAACUAAGGAGAACUUUGGUACUGCAUGCAAGACCCGUGCCUAAUUUUGAUCAUCCUUUCCUACCUCAAAAGUCUUCCAAACAUGUGACAAGACCAAGCUCCCCCAAGCUACAGGUUAUUAAAAGGAAAGAGAGGAGGAAAAUGCUCUGCCCCUAUGCAGCAGUGUCUAGUGCUGCUGCCUCUCAAAUGAGGUGAUCGUGAUUCAAAUCCGAAGAGAUGAUGAUUGUUCAAGAAUUCUUGAACCCCUUCCUCCUCCCUCGGGGAGAUAAUAGGACAGCACUGC